AUGCUCAUCAUCCACGACAUUGAGAACUGGGACGAGGCAACGAUGCACCGUUUCAUCUGGUCCAUCUCCAUCAUGAAGCUACAGGCCGUGAUUGGCGGAGAAGUCCUUGUCCUCGUACACCUGCUGCCCAUAGUGGCCAAGUACACCAACACCCCGCCACCGCCAUUCCGAGCUCAGAUGUUGCACGUCGCCAACACGAGGCACACGUGGGAGAGUUUUCCAAAGGGCUGUACGUUGGAUGGCUGGAACCAGCUCAGUUCGGCUCAGAGGUUCACUUACCAUCGGGGAGGCGAGAACGCCUAG